ACCUAGUAAAGAAUAUAUGUCCAUGAUUUUAUUUCUUUCCCUUAGAUAUUUUCUGUGAUGAAAUCAUGCCUUGACCAAAACCCAUGUGACUGUCUGAAGUUUUCCAUGGUUGAUUUCCUGAAAAUGUUUGGUAAAGUGAAUCUUGGAGCUGAUUUUGAGAGUAAGGUCCUACAGAAGGUGUCAGCAGUAUUUGGUGGACUGAUGACAGACACCAACUGUCUGGUUCAUCACUGGAGUGUGGAGGCAUUUACACAGUUUGCAGAGGACACUGUUCACGAGACUGUGGUCCCUGACUGUAUGGCCCAUGACAACAGACUCCAGGUCUGUGUGGUAGCCUACCUCAACAAGAUGCCUUUUGUUGCCCAAGACGGUCCCCUUUCCCCUAAAGAGUGUAUCCGUUGGUUGUGGAGGUGGGCAGAGAGAUGUCAGUCACCCUCACACACCACUACAGAACCAUUACACAAGAAAGCCAGAACUACAGCCCCAACUGAUGGCCUGAUGGUGGCCCGCAGGACUGGUAUUUAUCAGGAAGUAUUGGACACACUGAGGAUCUGCGUACAGGGGUUGGAGCCGAUCUGUACCAACAGUUCUAGAUCUGGUGAAGCUUCCAGAGAUUGUAUAACCUCCAGUACAGAACAGUCUCAUAACGUCAUAAUGACCAGUGUUGACAAACUUCAGGAAGGGGAGAGUUCCUGUGUGGCAAAACCUCAGGUAACACCCAUGUGUGAUCUGAACAAAACUACAUCAAGUGUUAAUCUAUCGCCACAGCUUAUUGCACAUCUACAGUUGGCACAGCACAAAAUUACUUCCCUCCUCACUGAACAUGGCUAGAGCUUUGUCUUAUUAAAUUUUUACCAAC